CCAUAUUGGAAGCCCGGAGGCGGCGCCGCGCAGUACUGAGCGGAAGUGCUCGGCUGCCUCUUCCCGGACCGAGCGAAGCGUCGGCGCGGCCCCCGCCCGCGUCCUCCUUCCCGCGGCUCUCGGAGACCGCGCUCGGCCGCAGCAGAGCCGCAAGGUACAGAAUGUCCGAAGGGGACAGCAUUGGAGACUCCGUCCAUGGGAAGCCCUCUGUGGUGUACAGAUUCUUCACCAGACUUGGACAGAUCUAUCAGUCCUGGCUAGACAAGUCCACACCUUACACAGCUGUGCGAUGGGUGGUGACGCUGGGCCUGAGUUUUGUCUACAUGAUUCGGGUCUACCUGUUGCAGGGCUGGUACAUCGUCACCUACGCCUUGGGGAUCUACCACCUAAACCUCUUCAUAGCUUUCCUUUCUCCAAAAGUGGACCCUUCCUUAAUGGAGGACUCAGAUGACGGGCCCUCGCUACCGACAAAACAGAACGAAGAGUUCCGGCCGUUCAUUCGGAGACUUCCAGAGUUUAAAUUUUGGCACGCGGCCACCAAGGGCAUCCUGGUGGCCAUGGUCUGCACCUUCUUCGAGGCAUUCAACGUCCCUGUGUUCUGGCCCAUCCUGGUGAUGUACUUCAUCAUGCUCUUCUGUAUCACCAUGAAGAGGCAGAUCAAGCACAUGAUCAAGUACCGGUACAUCCCGUUCACGCACGGCAAGAGGACGUACAAGGGGAAGGAGGAUGCGGGCAAGGCCUUCGCGAGUUAGACGCCGCGCAGGCCGACGCCGCGCAGGCCAGCCGGCCCUCGGAGCCCGAGGCGGGUUGGAGCCAUUGUAACGCCGCCUUCCUCCUCCACAUAAAGUAGUUGAUGACCAGGGGUCGGAUUUUCUUUCUAAAAAGGAGCUUCAAUUGUUUGUAACUGAAAUAUCAGGUUCUUGAAGAAACUGGCAUUUAACCUGCAUUGCAUUGAUUUGUUUUAGUGAUGUUCAGGUGUUUAAAUGGACAGAAUUGUAGUGAGCCACAGGCUGGGCGGACAGUCGGGCGGGGCUGGGGGGGGGCGUGGAAGGACCCAGCCCCCCCUUCCCAGGGAUGCCCGGAGUCCGUCGCCCAGCCCGAGGGUGAUGCUCACCUGAGUCCCGUGUGUGGGAAGGAACAACACUUCCAAGGUGACUUUCCAGAAGUGUUGGGGUUCUCAUGCCAGUUUCCCAAUUUCAUCUCCGCAGAGAUGUAUCAAGUUGGCCUCUAUCAUAGUGACUCAAAACUUUGUUAAUACCUACAUGACUGCUUCAGGCCUGGAAUUAUAAAUAUAUAUUAUAUUUUAAUUGUU